AUGUUCAUGGCGUCUUCUUCUUCGUCUUCCACUCGCACCUGCACAUACGAUGUUUUCCCGAGCUUCAGCGGGAAAGAUGUCCGCAAAUCAUUCCUCAGCCACUUUCUCGAGAACCUCCACCGCAAAUCAAUCGACACAUUCAUAGACAACGACAUCUACAGAAGCCGCCCGAUCGGGCCUGAACUUUUAUCGGCGAUUAGAGGAUCCACGAUCUCAGUCGUUGUGUUCUCUGAGAACUACGCCUCUUCCACCUGGUGCUUGGAUGAAUUGCUAGAGAUCCACAAGUGUUACAAGGAGUUUCAUC